CAAAUAAACAUAUGUCAUUCAUUAUUACAAUGACAAAAACACAAACAUUCGUAAUUGGUGCGCUUUCCUCUAAAAAAUAAAUAAACAAUCAAGUAAAUAAGAAUACAAUCAGUACAUAUUCGUUAACAAAAGGGUCAGAUAUUUUGCAGUAUAAGCGAUAUAAUAUUCAAUCAUUAAAACACCCAAAACGAUGGGUACCGAAAAAUCUAACAUGAUGGACUCGAAACUACAAAAUAUAAUGAAAAUGGAAGAAUAUAAUGCUAUUGUAGAGGAUUUCAAUAAACUAACAUCGUACAGCCGAAUGUCUGAAAAUGAAUUAAAGAAGAAAUAUAAACAUAUAUCACCCUCCACUCUUGGCAGCAUCAUAUCAUUAUUAGUACAGAGAUCAAUGAAACAUAGCUACAGGAAGUCUCCGAUAAUCUCCAGUAAAUACCAAGAAUUCUAUGAAGGUCUGAUGAGGGAGAAAAAUAAAGAAAAUGUAAUAUUACAGCUAUCUGACUGCCAAGGAAUAAGUCCAGCACUAUUUGCAAGGUCCCUCCUUCAAGGUGUGUACUCUGACUCAUCUAUGGCCAAGAAAUGCAUCAAAGACACAACUUUAAUUGAAGACAAGGACUUAGCAUACCAAGUUUUCAUGGGUAUCAUUAAUGACAACCAGUAUGGCCCAUAUGCAGACAUUAUAAAACAAUCUAUAGGAUUGGAAUAUGAGUUAAGAUUGGAAAGAGAAUUGAGAUUAAUGAACAUUACAUUUUCUGAUGAAAAUGUACUGCGGUCAAGAGGAUAUGAUAAAACACCAGAUUUCAAGUUAGAUGUGCCAAUAGCUGUGGAUGGUUUCAUUGUAAAUUGGGUUGAAAGUAAAGCGCUAUUUGGAGAUGAUGAAAACCACUCAGGUUAUUUAAAGGAACAGCUUUCAUGUUACUGGAAUAGAUUUGGACCAGGACUAGUCAUAUAUUGGUUUGGAUACCUGGAAACUUUAGAUUCUACCCCUGAGGUCAAUAGCAUGUUUAUAUUAAGAACUAGCUUUCCUGAUAAAAGUAGUAUUACUCAGUAUAAAAUGGAUGAUUAGUCUGUAAGAGAAUAUUAUGGAAUAAAUAUUAUAAUAAAUAACUAAAAUGCUU